GCUGCCGAUCCAGAUUUCCAUGCAACAGGGCCCAUUUAUGGUGCAGAUUACUUGUCCUCAGUGUCAUGGAGAACCGGAAAUUGUGCCGCCUAAGUAUAUCUGCAAGUCAUGUAAAGGAAGGCGAGUUGUAUUAGGAACGAAGUCAGUCAAGCUUAAUAUUGUGCCAAGAGUAGACAAUGAUGAGACCAUAAAGGUGAGUAGAAGUAGUGGAGCAGAUCCUGAUGGAAAUCAACCUGGUGAUCUUUAUAUUGUCAUUAAGGUUCGCGAAGAUCCUGUUUUCCGAAGAGAAGGUGCUGACAUUCAUGUUGAUGCUGUUUUGAGUAUUACUCAGGCAAUUUUGGGGGGAACAAUCCAAGUCCCAACUCUCACAGGAGAUGUAGUCCUCAAGGUUCGCUCUGGCACCCAGCCUGGUCAGAAGGUAGUUUUGAAGAAGAAAGGGAUCAAGACAAGGAACUCUUACUCAUUUGGUGAUCAAUAUGUGCACUUCAAUGUCAGCAUUCCAUCGAAUUUGACCCCAAGGCAACGUGAAUUGAUUGAAGAGUUUGCCAAAGAAGAUCAAGGGGAAUAUGAUAAGCGUGCUACUGCUGGCGCAUCAGGGUAAA